CGCUGAAGCAGCUCUACCAGGAAACAAACAGCUACCAAAAAAAGGCUAAAUAGUCGCUAAGAGAAGCAGAAAUUCUCCUACUGCCGUCUUGUUUUCAGCGAUGUAGAGAAAAGGGAUAGAGCGGCUCUUAAAUAAAACAGCAGGACCCAUGACCCUGACACGAGGAUCCUUUACUUACUCCAACGGCGAGGAGUACCACGGGGAAUGGAAAGAAGGUCUCCGUCAUGGCCUGGGUCAGUUGACCUUCAGCGAUGGGACGUGCUACACUGGACAGUUUGAAAAUGGCCUCUUCAAUGGUUGUGGAGUGUUGGUCUUUCCUGAUGGCUCCAGGUAUGAAGGGGAAUUUGUGCAGGGGAAGUUUCAAGGUGUCGGCGUCUUUACUCGCUUUGAUGGCAUGAAGUUUGAAGGCGAGUUUAAAAGCGGCUGUGUGGAUGGCUAUGGAGUGCUGGUGUUUGUGGACGGAGGCCCCGGAGGAGGAGGAGGUGGCAGCCACGAGGGCCUGUUUGAGACCAACCAGUUGAUGAAGCGAGAGAACAGCCAAGGAGCCGUGCAGAGGGCGCAGGCAGCAGCUGCCAAGGCCCGAGCCCUGGCCAUGUGACGUGGACUACAUCACCCACAGUGCCCCAGUACCAGAAUCAUCCUCCCACCACCACCCUCUUGGUUUGAUCUGCUUAAUUUUUUAUUUUAGUACUCUUUGGUUCCUUCUCAUCCACAUUUUGUUUGACUGCUAGGUUAGCUCACAGGAUUUUGUUCUGAUUUAGCUCUCAUUCAUGUAACCUGCAGUAUUCUCAGAGAAUAUGAAUGAAUGGCUCCAGUAAGUUGUGUUAACACAGCCACUGAAUCAGGAUCUGCUGAGCCAAACACAGAUUUAAUGUUCAAUUAACACACUGGUGCUAAAUCUGUUUCAGGGUCAGUUAACCUGACAAAACUUAGAAGUGCAUGUUGACAUAUUCCAGUAAACACUGAUUUGGUAAGUUUUAUGUCAAAAGAAUACUUGGAGAUGUGGGUUUAAAGUGGGCUAAAUAUAGUUAAAAAUAAGUCAAGUUAAUUUUAUGUUUCAUGAGAAAAAUGCAGUAGUGUUAGAAAAUCCAGGAGAAACCUAGUGAGCCCUUUGGAAUUUUCUAUAUUUCUGCAUAAAUAUGACCUAAACAUUAUGAGCUAUUAUCAAGUAAAUAUUAGAUAAAGAGAGCUGGAAUAGGCACAUAUAAAUGUAUAUGAGGCAGAUAUUUUUUUUCUCAUCAGUUCUCCAGCCUAUCAAAUAUAAAAGUCAUAACUGGUUAAAACCCAAAGAUUACAUUUUGAUCUGAAAGCUUUUAAUCACAUCCUCAUUAAAGUUUAUUGAUGUAAAACUCUACAAGGUUUCGAGGUUCCUGUUCACAUGCAAGCUUAUAGUUUAAGAUACAGCUUGUAUAAAUAAAAUUAACAAUAAUUACAAAUCCUGUAGAAAUCAGCUGCUGCUUAUAGACUGUUCACACAUCUAAGCUCCAGCUAAAGAAACUUACAUAACAGGUUUGUCUCACUUGACUAUUUUUAGUAGAAUUAAAUAUAGAGGAAAAAUAUCCAAAAAGGUGUCAACAAGCUUACUUCUUACUUACCACUAAAUCUGAAAUAAAUUCAGGGCCGUGUUUACUUUCACAUCAAGACUUAUUUUGAACAUCAAAUCACCGAAUCAGUGCUUCCUGGGUUUCCUACCUUCCCUUUAAAAUGUGCAUUUUUUUCCUGACGUCUGAUCUCUUAUUGGUGCUCUGAUGAGAAAACAGAUUGUUCAGUUUGAGUCAGAGAAAUGGCAGCAAGGCCUUGGUUAGAGAAAAUGUGAGCAAUGUUUGGUGGUUCUUUUCACUCAGUGCCGUUACAGCUCAGUCUGAUUACAGAACAGCAGGAACAUCUUCCUCAGUGCCAACCACACAGUGCCAACCGGCUGCAGCUGAUCCUGAAUCAGUGGCUUAUUAUCAGAGAGGAAGCUGGGGAGGUGGAGGAUGGGGAUUAAUGGUGGAGGGGAAUGGGAGUGCCUGCAUUGUCGCAGGCUGCAAUAAUGAGUGCAAUUUCUGUUUUGGAGGUGCAAUUUGAUAAUAGCAUGCAAUUUCUGUCUGAAAGCAAGAUUUCCCUUCCACCGGCUUUUAUAUUUGGAGGUGAGGAGCUGCCUGUUCUGUCAGGAAAAAAAAGGCUUUGUAGGUGAAAAGGAGGGUCAUCUGAUGAAGGAGAGGCUUCAUGUCAAACGACUUGAAGGGUUUCAUUGGUGAAACAUGUGGACCUUUUUCUAUGUGAAAUUUGAGCCAUUUUCUAAGCAAAAGUGUUAAUAUUAUGCCUAAUUUUUUUUUAUCAGGAAAUUCAAAAUGUCAAGAUCCUUGCACCAAAAAGAUAUUCUUUGUGUAUUUUUGCUGUGAAACUCUUCCGUUAGUGCAUUCUUUCCAGCAAGGUAAAACAUAUUGUAAUCUGCUUUAUGCAUGUUUCUUUUUUACUUAAUCAGUGAUGUCACUUUUGAGUCUCUGUUGAUGUUUACAGUUUGUAUGUAACUUAUCUCCCCACCCCU